AUGGAUGUGAAAACCAAAAUGAUUGGUUCUGAGAAUCAUGAUGAACAAAAACUCCCACUCAUCCUGAGAAAUAUGGAGGAGGUGCCAGAAGCAGAGAGGAACCUGAUUCAGAAAGCCAUCAGUCAAACACUUAAGUGCGCAGCCAAUUUGGUCAACCUUUUACCAACAGGCACCGUCCUUGCUUUCCAACUUCUGUCCCCAAUAUUCACAAAUAAUGGAAAAUGUGACUCAGCCACAAAGUUCAUGACUGCUGCACUUGUAGCUCUAUGUGGUGUCUCGUGCUUCCUUCUAUCCUUUACCGAUAGCUUCAGAGACAAGAAGGGAAACAUCUCUUAUGGUUUUGCCACAUUCAAGGGCUUGUGGGUCAUUGAUGGAUCAACCACUCUUCCACCUAAACUUGCUGCAAAAUAUCGCCUGCGGUUUAUAGAUUUCAUGCAUGCAGUGAUGUCUGUUCUUGUUUUUGCAGCAAUUGCAUUGUUUAAUAAGGAUGUCAUAAAUUGCUUCUUUCCAUCACCAUCAAAUGAGACUCAUGAAGUCCUCACAGCAUUGCCAGUGGGCAUUAGUGUUUUUUGCAGCAUGCUUUUUGUUGCAUUUCCAUCAGGGAGGCAUGGAAUUGGCUUCCCCCUUUCAACUAAUUAA